AAUCUCUGCUAAACCUUAAACACACGCGCGCACACACACCCGCCACAACGAUCCUAAAUUCCCAAUGAAGAUGGGCUCACUGAGUUUGGCUUCAAUCUUAGCCAAUGGCUGCCGGAGUCCCAGCUCGCGUGUGGCCCUCUUGCGCACCUUAGCAACCACCCAUGCUGCUCUCAGUAAGCACUACAACAAGAACUUGGUGGCUUGCUCUUCUGGCUGUUCACAAAGCAAGCUGUCUGCAUGUGAAUCCUCAAGUCCGGAUGUUACCCACAACGCUCCUGUUGAAGGAUACCCUGACUAUCAUCGCUUGCUUCCAUGUCCCUCGCAAAAUGGCCCGCCAAGAGUAGAACACUUGGUAGUUUCAGAAGGAGGGCCUGUUCUGGAAUUUAUCUGUAAAGUUCUUGAUCUUCCUCCUCUGUUUGUUGCAGAUCUCAUCCAUUUUGGAGCUGUAUAUUAUGCCCUUGUAUGUCCACAGCCUCCUCCAAGUGCCACCCCUGAGCAAAUUAGGACAUUUGAAGAAGUUACAGCACCAUCGGUACUGAGAAAGAGAGCUUCCAUCAGAGGGAAAACAGUACGAGAAGCUCAAAAAACUUUUAGGGUAACUCGUGUAGACCAGUUUAUUGAAGCUGGAACAUACUUACGAGUGCAUGUACAUCCAAAACGCUUUCCUAGGUGCUAUGAAAUUGACUGGAAAUCAAGAAUUAUAGCUGUGGCUGAGUCCUAUGUGGUUUUGGACAAACCUGCUGGUACAUCAGUGGGAGGAACUACGGACAACAUUGAAGAAAGUUGUGCAACCUUUGCCACUCGUGCCUUGGGCUUGACAACCCCUUUGAUGACUACCCACCAGAUUGAUAAUUGCACAGAAGGCUGUGUCGUGUUAGCAAGGACCAAGGAGUAUUGUUCAGUUUUCCAUGGUAAAAUCAGAGAGAAAAAAGUGAAGAAGCUUUAUCUUGCUCUUGCUGCUGCUCCUGUGCCAAUUGGAAUAAUUACCCACUACAUGCGUCCACUAAACAUGGCUCCAAGACUCAUUUCAGAAGAUUUUAUUAAAGGAUGGUACUUGUGUCUACUUGAGGUCUUGGAAUGCAAGGAGGUUCCAUGGCCAAAUGAUGUCAUUGAAAAUAAAUAUUGUAUUGAAGAUUGUGGCUGGCCCUCCAAACAUAUUGCAUAUGAGUGCAAAAUCAACCUUUUGACUGGUCGGACUCAUCAGAUUCGAGCACAACUGGCUGCCCAUGGCGCACCAUUAGUGGGUGACUCGAUGUACAUGCCAGCUGCAAUUGCAGAGAUGACAAGUCCUGGGCUUAACCCAUUUGGCAAAUGCAAGAAGGAUUAUACAUCUGAGACUGAUAAAUCAAUGGCUGUUACAGAGUGGGUUGCACAGCAUGGAAAAGAACCAAAGGUUACUAUAGGUUUGCAAGCAUCUCAGAUUUCAUGGGAUGGUGGCGAACACAUGUAUGAGGCUCGGUCUCCUUGGUGGAGAUGUGAAAUAGCUUAGAAUAGGUACUUGAGGACAAGGAUCAACUGCAGGGUCCAGUAAUUUCCUUCAGCUAAAACUGAGGUAUGGAUUGUUGAAAAGCAUGAGUCAAUUCAAGGAAGGUGAAAACUGAAUGGCCCCUGGUAUGUCGUUUCACUUUUGCAUCUCAUGAAAGCAAUUUUGAUAGGGCUGUAAGGAGGAAAGAGAACGUGGUUAGCACUCAGCUGAAAAGAACUUGGCACAAGAUUGUGAUAUUACUAGAGAGAAAGAGAUUGUGCUUUUUGUGGCAUAAUCAACAUGGUGGGGGCCGAACCUUGGUGUAUAUCCAAAUGUCCACUAUGAAGUUGUCAAGCAAGGACCAGGCAAACUACCCCCUCACAUCUGCUCCUUUCCUGAUCUCAAAGAUAGACAAAAAGAAAACUAUAAGAAUGUGAUUCUCUUUAGACGCUCCUCUAGUAUCAGAGCAGGCACUAUCACUGGGAAAUAAUGAAUUGCCUAUCCAAAGUACAUCUUAACUCAACUCAAAAAGUCUUAAUUUCACCUAGUUGGGGGUCAUCUGUUGCUAUCUCAAGUGUGACAUGAAGACUUCCAAGUGAACAUAGAACAAGGAAAAACGACCUGGGCAAUAAACAUUCGAGGACCGGGCAAACUACCCCCUCACAUCUGCUCCUUUCCUGAUGCAGAAAGGUUGUCCAUCUUGAGAAUUAUUCAUCUUUUGCUUGCCAUUUUCUGUAAUGAACAUGAGCAUGUUAUUGUAUCUC